AUGUCCAGAUACGCAGCCGCCCACGCCAACCCGCAGGGCCCGGGAGACGCGCGGCCCACGGCCCUUCAGGUCGUCGAGGACGAGGGGCUCGUCGGCAAGCUAGCCGGGACGGUUGUCCUCAUCACGGGCGCGAACGCCGGCAUCGGCCUCGAGACGGCGCGCGCCGUCCACGCGACAGGGGCGACGCUCUUCCUGACGGCCAGGGACUCCACCAAGGCCCGGCAGGCCAUCGACGGCGUCAAGAACGGGCCCGGCCCCAACUCCGACGCGCCCGUCCACGCCGUCGAGCUCCGGCUGGACUCUCUAGCCUCGGUGCGCUCGGCCGCCAAGGAGUUCCUCUCCCGGAGCGACAGGCUGAACGUCCUCAUCCUCAACGCCGGCGUCAUGGCCACGCCGGAGGGCAGGACGGAAGACGGCUUCGAGACCCAGUUCGGGACCAACCACCUCGGCCAUUUCCUCUUCUUCCAGCUGCUGAAGCCCGCGCUCCUCGCGUCCUCGACGCCCCGGUUCCAGUCCCGGGUCGUUUCCGUGUCGUCCAUGGCGCACCAUAGGAGCAACGUCCGCCUCGACGACGUCAACUUCGAAAAGGAGACGUACCGGCCCUGGACCGCGUACGGGCGGUCCAAGACGGCCAACAUCCUCUUCGCGAAGGAGGCCGAGAGGCGGUACGGGUUACAGGGCCUGCACGCCCUCUCCCUCCACCCCGGGGUCAUCGUCACCAACCUGUUGCAGUACCUCCCGGCGGACGAGACCGAGGCGAUCCUGAACAGCGAGGCGAUCAAGCUGGUCCUGAAGAGCGCGCCGCAGGGCGCGGCCACGUCCACCUACGCCGCGCUGAGCCCGGAGUGGGAGGGCCGGGGCGGCAAGUAUCUCAGCAACCUGGUCAAGACGGGGCCUUCCACUGACAACACGGGGUACGCCCUGUGGAUCGACGACGAGCAGUUGCCAAAGGAGCUCUGGGACAAGUCGAAUGAGCUUGUGGGGUUUGACGAGAAGUGA